CUCACAGCUCACAGCUGAACGACUGCAACUUGGCCCCUCCACAAAGCUUUUACUUAAUCUUGCUUACCAGAUAGUUUCUUGCUCAGGCAGGACAUGUUCUGUUUCCCGCCAAACCCCUCUAUUUAACACUAUCCUCUACCAUCUCCUCAACCAACAGAGCGCCGGCUCCGCGGCCAACAAGAAAUCAUGGCGACCACCACCUCAACCUCCCCUCAAAUCCCCCACCACGUCACCGCCCUCCUCUCGCACCUCACCUCGCGCCCCGGCGUGCAGUCCACCUUCAUCCUCUCCCGCAAAGACGGCUCCAUUAUUCAGAGCACGGGGAUAUACGCCUUUACGCCGACGGCCCGUCGCCCGAGCAGCAAACCUACAGCUACACCUCUCUCCAACCCAGCCCCAUCGCCGUCGCCGGCCACAGCCCCAGCUACCCUCCCCACCCCGAAGACUGUCCCCGUCCCCGUUCCUGGUGGUCCUACAACCCCGCACCCUGACCAACGCCAACACCAAGAAGAAGAACAGUCCACCGACCCGACGACCCCGGACGCCACAGAAACCACCCCCGCCGCCCCUCCCGCUGUCCCAGCUACAGAAGAGGAACAGGAAGAAGAACGCGAAGGCGAAGCAGCCCUCCACCAACAGGACGAACCCCCUACGAACCCCGACACCGACGCAGACACAUCCCACGCCUCCCCAAUCGCCAGUCCUGACCUCACCACCUCGCAAACACCACUAGUGACCACGCUCCCGAUUCGAACCAAGGAAACAGCAGCAGCACAUCAAGAGCAACCGCAAGAGCAGAAGCAAGAGCAACCGCAAGAGCAGAAGCAAGAGCAACCGCAAGAGCAAGAGCAAUACACCCCCUCGCCGGCCGAGACCCUCGCCGCGCAUAUCUUCGCGUACGUGACGAGCGCGGCGGAGUUGAGUGCCGUGUUGGCUGAUCCGACUUCCUCUGACGGGUCUGCUGCUUCUGCUGGUAGGCAGCAGCAUGGAUAUGGGGCUGUGAAUGGGGUGUCGGGAUCGGGGUCGGGGUCGGGGUCAGGGUCGGGGUAUGAGGCCGGGAACCGGAACCGGGAAUUUGGGCACGGGCACGGGCAAGGGCAUGGGCAAGGAGAAGGGGAAGGGGAGCGCGACGAGGAGGAAGGAGAAGGAGAUGAGGUGAAGCUGUUGCGGUUGCGGACGAAGAAGCAUGAGAUUGUGGUGGUGCCGGAUCGGAAGUAUUUGCUUUGUGUGGUGCAUGGGCAUGGUUCUGGCGGUGGAGCGGGGGUGGGGGGUGGAGCGGGAGUUGGUGUGAGGAGGUGAGUAAGACGAGGUAGGUGAUUUGUGAUACCCGUGAUAGGUAGUGAGAGUUGAUCGGGGUGUGUGGUGUAUAGGUAGGAAGGAAGGAAGGAUAUACCCGGUGGUUUUACAUGUUACUGUACAUGGAGAGGUGUGGUGGUUUCAUAUGAAGUCUGUCCUGUCAAGUCUUCUUGAGU